AUGGUUACUGUAUCAAAGGAGCCCACGUUCGCUCUCGGUGAUAGUAGUGGCAUCUCCCCUGGCACGCUGUACACGAUCAUCAUGGUGGAUAGCACAUGUCCAAACGCUCGGAAACUCCAUUACGCUCGGGCGAACUUCAAGAACAACUUCGACAUCACCAACAUCGAGACUGAGUCACCUGCUCUUCUGGAUUACGUUGCUCCUGGCUCCGUCGGCGAGAAGGGAGACGACCGACAGUACAGUUUUCUGAUGUACACGAACCCAGGACGGAAAGAGAUCACGGAUCUGCAAUUGCCAGGAGACAACGAGGCCUUUGAUAUCACGAAAUUCCAAGAUGACAAUGGGUUAGGGGACGCGAUGGCUGGAGUAGGGAUGGUUGUGAAGCUUGGUGGUCAGGCAGAUUGUGCAGGUGGCAGUGCAGAAGCGUUGCCUAGUAGCUUGCCAACACCGAGACCAGCGAGUAGCACGACAGUCAGAGUGUCUACUGCUACUGGUGGGUCAGAUGCGGUAGCGAGUGCUACACCCACGGAUGAUGCGAACUCACCUUCUUCAGCUGCGACCCCUACCCCUACCUCAGCAGCAUCGGGUAGGCCAGCGAACUCAGUCGUCCCGUCGAGCGGCAGUCCUCCAUCUUCAGCCGCACAAACCCUGGCUACUGUAUCAACAAUUGUUUUGUCCAGCGCGGAGGGAACAACUUCUCCAACGGCAGCUGCUACCGCGCCAGAGCAGACUGCAAAUGCUGCCCCGGGAAAGAUGUAUUGGCCACGAUGGGCUGUUGCUUCUGUAUUGUUGGUCUCUGGUAACAUGAUCAUGUCAUGA